AUGUAUCCGCUACCCUUCGGCGGCUUCCCAGGCAUGCCUUUCGCCGGCAGACAAGGCCCUCCUUACGGCAACGGUAUGCCGAUGGCUCAAGGCAUGCCAUUCGGUGGUGGCUUUGCCCCCGGCGCUUUCGGUCAACCUCGACGUCACCCACUCGACGAUGUGCUGAGACGCCAAGAUCCCAUCUUCGCUGCCAACCGCGGCAGGCGGAUGAGUAUGCCCGGCGGCUGGCCACACCCACAACAACAACAUCCCUUCGCUGGCAGACCAUGGAUGGCGGGCGCGGAUGAUCCGAUUCGGAACUUCGAUCCCUCGAGGACAGCGCGUUCGGCAAGACGCAACCCCAACCCUCUCUUGAAUGCUGCACCACCACAAGGCCGUGACUUCGACCCCAGAAAGCCGGCUCAACUCCCGGAGCGCCUGUUCAACCCAAUGCGAGCAGCUCCACUUCCACGUCGACCAGCUCGGCAGGAGGCUCCUCGAGUGCAGCUCACUCCAGGAGUGCCUUCGCUUGGCGAGCCACACGACAAACACAAAGCAUUGCAACGCUAUGAGAAGAUCAAAUCGCUCAAGACGGGUGGCAUGUCCGUUGCGAUCAACCUGCUUCGAGGUCGCGCAGAUGGGAAGCUCUACAUCGAGAAGCGCAUCAGCAUCGAGGGCAUGAGCGGCAAGCGUGCCGUCGCAGAGCUUAACACACUCAAGACUGUCAGAGGACAUGCGCACCUCAACCAGCUGAUCGAACACAAGACACUCGACGGCCGCUUCUGCUCGAUGGUGCUCGAGUAUUGCGACCGCGGCUCUCUGCAGGAUCGGAUGCAGGCAGUGAUGCAGGCGAAGUCCAUGUUCACCGAGGCCGAUAUCUGGAAUGUACUACUCGGCGUGUCGAGAGCGCUGGCAUUCCUCCAUACUGGAACCAAAGCCGGAAAGACAGAGCCAGUCUCUGGCUGGAAGGCGAUUGCGCACCUCGAUAUCAAGCCAGGCAACAUCCUCAUUUCCGCCCCAGGCGGCGAAUUUGGCAAGAGUCGAGUGGUGCUCGCAGAUUUUGGCUGCGCCGUGAGUAUCGAAGAUCUUCAGCGUGGACGCGAGACCGGUCGUCGCCAACCAUGUGGCACUCCACAAUGGUAUCCACCAGAAGGUAUUCAGGGUCAAGGAUAUGGAAGCAAGACUGACCUCUACAUGCUGGGCGCCUCAAUUCAUACUCUCUGUCACCUUCGUCCGAUUCCAUCCUCGACUCUGCCCAACUAUGGCUCGCCGUGCGGCAAUCGAUACGGCUCGGAUCUGAACCGUAUCGUUCAGCUCCUUACUCAGGUCAACUGGAAAGAGCGCCCAGCUGCGAGGAAGGUUGCGCCGGCAGCUCUGGAUGGAUUGAAGAAGAGCCUCCAGCAGCAGCGUUGA